CGUGAUCGUUUUUCAGCAGUUGCACUGCGCUCGUUUUAAAUAGAAUUCGGUGCAUUUUUGACGAUCUACAUUUGACCUGGUCUCGCGGCGAUGACGUCACCGCUCAUUCAGUCGCGUCGAGUCUUCUGAGGAGAGGCGAGCAGCUCACGAUCUUCUGCUUCCACACACAAAUUCAUCUUCAGUGAAGCUCCUCCCACUCUGGAAUCAUCUGUUAAGCUCCUCCCACUCUGGAAUAAUCAUCAGUGAAGCUCCUCCCACAUCAAUCACACUGCCAAUAAAUGCUGGAAGACGAGCAUCAGAACAUCAUGAAAGAGCUGAAAUCUGAGUUUAUUAAAGAGGAAAGUGAGAACAUUAGUGAUCUAGAACCCUGCAGAAUCAAACACUCUGAAGAAGAACUGAGAGACCCUAAAGAAGAGAAUGAAGUGGAGAAACAUCAUGUCAAACCUGAAGAAAAAUCUCCGAGUCACUCGAAUCCUAAAAUUAAUUUUUUAAAGGAAACAAGAGCUGAGGAAUCUUCCACCUGCACUCAGUGUGGAGAGAGUUUCAAAAAUGAAGAAAGUCUCGAGAUUCACAUGAGAGUUCACACUAAAGAGAAGCCACAUUCCCAAAGUUUAAAGCUGCUUCAGACAAAUACUGGUAUAAAAGGUCAUGUGUGCUUUGAGUGUGGGAAAUCUUUUACUUGGGCAACACAUUUAAAACAGCACCAGAGGUUCCACACCGGAGAAAAACCUUAUAAGUGUUCACACUGUGACAGGAGAUUCAGUUGGAUAGCACAUCUGAAAACACAUGAGCAGAUCCACAGCAGAGAGAAAACACACAUGUGUGAUUUGUGCGGCAAGAGCUUUGCACGCAAAAAACAUGUUAGAGUCCAUAUGAAGAUCCACACUGGAGAAAAGCCAUACACAUGUGAUCAAUGUGGAAAGAGUUUCACUCAAUCAUCAUACCUUAAAGGACACAUGAGGAUCCACACUGGAGAGAAGCCAUACACAUGUGAUCAAUGUGGAAACAGUUUCUCAUUAAAAAAUUGUUUUGAUGUUCACAUGAGAAUCCACAGAGGAGAAAAACCACAUGCUUGUGACCAAUGCGGCAAAAAAUUUCUUAGGUUAGCUGCCCUGAAGAAACACAUGACAGUUCAUACAAAGGAGAAGCCGCAUUUGUGUUCUUUAUGUGGAAAGAGUUUUUCACUGCUGCAAAGUUUAAAAUUACAUCAGAAAUUACACAACACUGUGAGAGAUCAUGUGUGCUCCGAGUGUGGGAAGACUUUUGCUUUGGUAAACCAUUUAAAACAGCACCUGAUUAUUCACACUGGAGAGAAACCUUACAAGUGUUCACACUGUGACAAGAGAUUUGGUCAAUCAGCUAAUCUGAAAAGACAUGAGCAGAUCCACACUGGAGAAAAACCUCACAUGUGUGAUCAGUGCGGAAAGAGUUUCUCAGUGAAAAGCAAUCUUGAUGUUCACAUGAGAAUCCACACUGGAGAAAAGCCGUAUGCAUGUGAUCAAUGUGACAAAACAUUUCUUGUGUCAAGAGCCCUGAAGAAACACCUGGCAGUUCAUACGGGGGAAAAACCACAUUCAUGUUCCUUAUGUGGAAAAUGUUUUUCACUGCUGCAAAGUUUAAAAUCGCAUCAGAAAACACAUGCUGGUGUGAGAGCACAUGUGUGCUUUGAGUGUGGAAAGACUUUUACUUUAGCAAGCUAUUUAAAACUGCACCAGAGGAUCCACACUGGAGAGAAACCUUACAAGUGUUCACACUGUGACAAGAGAUUCAUUCAGUCAUCAAAUCUGAAAACACACGAGAAGAUCCACACUGGAGAGAAACCUCACAAGUGUUCACAUUGUAACAAGACAUUCAGUGUGUCAUCAAAUCUGAAAACACACGAGAGGAUCCACAGCAGAGAGAAACCUCACAAGUGUUCACAUUGUGACAAGACAUUCAGUCUGCCAUCAAAUCUGAAAACACACAAGAAGGUCCAUACUGGAGAGAAACCUCACAAGUGUGAUCAGUGCGGAAAGCGCUUCACUUUUAAAAGUGGUCUAAAGCUACACAUGAAGAUCCAUACAGUAAAGACACUGAGCAAUAAAGUCACUUCUGUGUAAGUUAGUUUCCUUACAGCCACAAUUAGUGACAGAACAUUUUGUUGGUUAUUUGGAAAGUAUGUUCUUAUUAUGAGAUACUAAGUCAUUAUUAUUAUUAGAGUUUCUCUUUUCUCUUUAUA